UGUGUGGAGACCAACAUGUCUUCGAAGAUGCAGAGUUCCAAUAACACUGCCCAUGCCAGGAGGGCAGUCCAGCAGCUGAGAAUAGAGGCCAGUAUUGAGAGAAUUAAGGUACGCUUCUCAAACAUAACCCAUAUAUACCAAGAUAUACGUAUAUGACAUUACAUUUUCCAUCCUGCAAGAACUUAGUCUGGCCGACACCAGCUCUCAAAGUCCUCCUGUGUAGUUGCGUGGGUUGCGUCAGCCAGGCUAGCAAGAACUGCCUUCUCUGACCUCUCUCUCUGUGUGUGUGUUUCCUUGUGUUGCCAAUAGUAACCUGCUGUAUGAUUCCCUUCUGCAGGUGUCCAAGGCCUCAGCAGACCUGAUGCACUACUGUGGAGAACACGCUAAAUACGACCCUCAACUCAUGGGUAUCCCAGCCUCUGAAAACCCCUUCAAAGACAAGAAGCCAUGCACUAUAUUAUAG